CAAUGUUUUCGUCGUCACAUCCCAGUGUCGGUCCAUGAGGAAUGUCGGGUCUGUGUGAUUUAAAAAUAGCCCGAUCUCCUCUUCAGCCUGACACGCUGCUCCGCCGAGGCUGAGGCUCACAGUGGUGCGAGCAGCAGGAAUGUGAAGAUGGCUACAGAUCUGGGAGAGCUGCUGGUCCCGUACAUGCCCACCAUUAGAGUACCGAGGACAGGAGACAGGGUUUUCAAGAGCGAGUGCGCUUUUUCCUACGACUCUCCUGAAUCAGAAGGAGGACUGUAUGUGUGUAUGAACUCAUUCCUGGGUUUUGGAAGAGAACACGUGGAGAGACAUUACCGUAAAACUGGACAGAGUGUGUACAUGCACUUAAAGCGACAUGUGAAAGAGAAAGCCACAGGUGCUGCAGGGGGUGCCAUACCAAGAAGGAGGAAUGGAAAAGUAUUUUUAGAUUUAGAGCUUAACCGUGAUUUUAACGGGGAUGAUUAUGAGUAUGAAGAUGAAGCCAAGCUUGUCAUAUUUCCAGACCACUAUGAGAUCCCUUUACCAAAUAUUGAGGAGUUGCCCGCACUGGUGACAAUAGCAUGUGACGCCGUCCUCAACGCUCCAUCUCCAUACAAAAAGCAGGAAUCAGAUUCAUGGGAAGAGGAGAUCCAAGUUUCUAGACAUGCUAGAAGUCUCAGACAGCAGGAUAAUGGAGUUCGAAUUCCUCCCAGCGGCUGGAAGUGUGCCAAGUGUGAAAUGAGAGAGAACCUGUGGCUAAACCUGACGGAUGGCUCUGUCCUCUGUGGGAAAUGGUUCUUUGAUGGGAGCGGAGGGAACGGACAUGCCCUUGAGCACUACAGAGAAAGCAACUUCCCCCUGGCAGUUAAACUCGACACAAUCACCCCAGAUGGAGCAGAUAUUUAUUCCUUUGAUGAAGAAGAAGCCGUGCUUGAUCCUCACAUAUCUGAACAUUUAUUACAUUUCGGAAUUGAUAUGCUACAGAUGCAAAGGACAGAGAAUGGCCAUCACACAGACAACCACGUUCAGCCGCGUAUCAGUGACUGGGAAGUGAUUCAGGAGGCAGGUCUAAAGCUAAAGCCUGUCUAUGGCUCAGGAUAUACGGGCAUCAAAAACCUGGGCAACAGCUGCUACCUGAGCACCACUAUGCAAGUGCUUUUCAGUAUUCCAGAGUUCCAGAGAGCGUAUGCCGGGAACCUACAGAGAAUAUUUGACUACUCGCCCCUCGAUCCAACUCAGGAUUUCAACACACAGAUGGCAAAGCUCGGUCACGGACUUCUCUCAGGCCAGUACUCAAAACCUCCAAUGAAAUCAGAACUUAUAGAACAGGUGAUGAAAGAAGAACACAAGCAGCAGCAGCAAAGGGGGAUUUCACCUAAGAUGUUCAAAGCGCUAGUCAGUAAAGGACAUCCAGAGUUCUCCUCAAACCGGCAACAAGAUGCCCAUGAAUUCCUCUUGCACUUAAUUAACCUGGUUGAGAGGAACAAUUCAGGCUCUGAGAACCCCAGCGACGUGUUCAGAUUUAUGGUGGAGGAGCGAACACAGUGCUGUCAGUCGCAGAAGGUGCGAUACACACAGCGAGUGGACUACCUUAUGCAGCUUCCUGUACCUUUAGAGGCGGCCAGCAACAGAGAGGAGCUAAUAGCAUAUGAGGGUAAACGGAAGGAAGCUGAGGAGAACAUGCGGCCCCUUCCAGAGGUGGUGAGAGCCCGAGUGCCCUUUACUGCCUGUCUGCAAGCUUUCACUGAGCCGGAGAAUGUGCCAGACUUCUGGAGCUCUGCUCUGCAGGCCAAAUCAGCCGGAGUGAAGACUUCUCGUUUUGCAACUUUCCCAGAGUACAUGAUCGUGCAGCUAAAGAAGUUCACAUUUGGUGUCGAUUGGGUGCCUAAAAAGUUAGAUAUGUCAGUAGAUGUACCUGAUUUUUUGGACCUGAAUCGUCUUAGAGCCACAGGUCUACAGGCUGGUGAAGAGGAACUGCCUGAUCUUACACCUCCCAUUGUCAUUCCUGAGGACACCAGAGACAGUUCAACAAACAACUCUUUGGAAUCUCCAGAAAUAGAUGAAUCAUCUGUGAUGCAGCUGGCAGAGAUGGGCUUUCCUCUGGAAGCCUGUCGGAAGGCUGUGUACUACACUGGGAAUAUGGGAGCAGAGAUGGCCUUUAACUGGAUAAUAGCGCACAUGGAGGAGCCAGAUUUUGCUGAACCUCUUGCUGUUCCCACUUACAUGGAACCAGAUCUGCCCAGUCCGAGUCUUCCUACAACCAGUGCACUGGACAACCAGCCUCCAGAGGAGAGCAUCUCCAUCCUCACCUCCAUGGGCUUCCCCAGACAUCACACAAUUCGGGCCCUCAAAGCCUCAAACAACAACUUGGAACGAGCUCUUGACUGGAUUUUCACACACCCAGACUGUGAGGAUGAGAGCGAAGCUAUGUCAGACACAGCAGACACAGAGCCGAACGAUAACAGCUUCUCAAACGCCAACGCCCACACUGACUCCUCACUGUCUCCAGAUCAGGAUCUGUCUAGCCCGCGAGUCAGAGACGGACCCGGCCGUUACGAACUGUUUGCUUUCAUCAGUCACAUGGGAACAUCCACAAUGUCUGGCCAUUAUGUGUGUCAUAUCAAAAAAGAGGGCAGAUGGCUGAUUUACAAUGACCACAAAGUAUGUUUGUCAGAGAGGCCCCCUAAAGACUUGGGCUACAUGUACUUUUACCGGCGCCUGUCAAGCUGCUAAAUCUGGACCUUCACAACCUUAUGCACAGCCGUUUGGCCAGAGAGGUGUGUGUGAAGCUCCACUGACACUGCUGGAAACUAGGAAAGCAUUUACACCUGUGAGAAGGAGAGAGGAACCUCACAGUCCCUGCCAAAACCCGCACAGAGGCGCAAACCACAGCAGCGCUCCAGCAGGAAACAGUGUGUGUGUUUGUGUGUGUCGUCUGUCUGUCAUUUGUUUGUUCGUUUGUAUUGCGUCUGCUUUAAUGGUACAGUGGGGUGCGUGCAAUUUUAGGUAUGCAGAUUAUUUUCCUAAUAUAUUCUCAGAUUAUUUGUUAUAUUUCUCUUUGAAUACUUUAAGCUCCGGUGCCAGUAUUUUCAAUACAUACACUUUCUUUUUAAAUAUAACACGUGCCUGCAUUUGCAAAUAUUACUGCCAUUACAGGAGAUUGUACUUAAAUUGUAAUUCAUUUCAUGUCUGAAACACACAGAAUGGAUUUCAAAUAAGGUUUUUAAAAAUCUAAGGUGUUGUUUUUACAGGCAUGUAUGUUGAAAUAUUAGAUAAUAGCCCUUAUUUGGUUGGCUUUAGUUUGCUGUUAGACAUAUUCUGGCAUUUGGAUUGGUCUGUAUUUGUGACAUCAUCGACUGAUUCUUUAUUUAUAUCUAUAUUUAAAUCUCCCCAACAGCAAAAACUUUUCCAGUUUCUAUAACUUUAGGCAGAAGUAAACCUACUUUAAAUGGACAGUUGACCCAAAAUUAAAACUUGCCGUUAAUUUACUUAGACUUAUAGGCCAUUAAAGAAGUAAAGUAGGAUCUUCUUUUCUUUGAUAGAAUGCUAAAGAUUUGUUUAGGUCCUUGGUGAUUUAAAAAUGCAAGUCAGUAGACUUAGAGAGAAAAAAAGAAAGAAAAAGAAAUGAAAGAUAUAUUUAUAUAUUAUGUAUGCAGGCAAAAAAUAUGGUACAUGUCUCCUGAUGGUACAUUGGCAUCUUAUGAAGUGAAAUGAUUCAUUUCUAUGAAUCCACAGCCACUGUAGGAAGCUCACACUACAGACUGAGGUGAAUGAGCUCAGGACUGUUUGCUGAGGUUGUGAAUUUAAAGUGACAUAAAAAAAGCUUGCUAAGACUAGUCAUUUUGCUUCACAUGGACUCCUUGACUUGUCAGGAGCCAUGGGUAUGAGUUAGUUUUGACUGUGUAUUUUAUUUGGACUCUCAAAGCUCUGGUAGCUGUUAAAUUUUAUCGUUCACCAAGGAUCAGUUUCAUAUAAAAAAUAGUUGUUAAUGUUCUGCUGAAGAAUAAAACAAUGCCACGCACAGAUGUUUAUUAAUGUUUGAUUAAUGUUUGGGUGAAUAUCCCUUUAGUGUUUUUUAAUUAUAAUUCAAGAACACUGAGCUUCAUUUAUUGGCAUGACUUUAAUGUUACAUUUGUACUCACUGGACUUAAUUUCAUGCCUAUUUGUGUACCCAAACAUUCAAAAACACAACAUUUUUCCAUAUUUAGAGGAUUUCUGAUGUAACUGCCAUCAAUCUGUAACAUAAUCUGACUAAUUCACAUACUUAAACGCGGUUCAGUUUUACAGAUAUGUCGACUGAAAUACUAGACUAUUGUUCACGGUUUUGCUAUUAAGAUAUUUAUUUUAAAAUUCUGAUUUGAUCUGUACACAUGGCAUUAUUUUCCAGUCCCUUAAAAAUACAUUUUUAUUUGCAGUCGAAUCACAUUCAAUUUAAGAUUCAAUAAUAGCUUUUCGUCAGUCUACGAUAGCUGACCUGAAAAUGCAUCGAUAUCACAUAAUCAUGCAAUGUUCAAGUGCUUUACUUUGCUCAUGUUACAGUUUAAAGACUGCGAUGCAUUUAAAACAUCCAGUCUUAAAGAAUGUAAAACUACUUUUUAUCCUGUACCUAAGCAAUGUGUAAUGACUUACAGCAUAGUUCAGAAACAUAUGCAGUGUCAUACAUAAAACUAUCUCAGAUACGUGUACUGAUGUACUGGUGCUCAGUGUUACCAAAUCUCAAGCUUUAUGACAUAUCGGACAAACCCAGCUCUGCCUUCAUCAUUCAAACCCUUUAUAUUUCAGACAAAACCUGAAUGUGUUCUCGGCGAGUAUCUUUUAAAGUGUUUUACCACAUUAUUGAGUGUGAAGUUUAGGGCUGAAUUAAAGUUUAAUCAUUUGACAUCGUGAUCUCGCCCAGGCUGAGGUGGAGCUUGUUCAUCUUCAGUCUUUUCAACUGGAAGUUGCACAUGAUGUUGUAGAUAGUACCCUGUCAUGUUUCUUUCUUUUGUGCACUACCUGUUAUGUUGGGAGUUCAGUGUCUUUGUAUCCAUUCGAGGUCCUCACUCUUUCUCUCCUUCUCUUUCUUAUUUUAAAUGAAUAUUCAUACCCUUUUUUCUUUCUCAUUUUCUCAAUUUUUCUUCCUGAUCUCUUUUUGUUUCUAUAUUGGGUGUGAAAGUGGAUGUUUUUACCUCACCUUUCUCAAAUAUGCCUUUUUUCAGAAUGUGCACUAAACUCAGAGGUUAGUCAGUUGACAUUUUGCAAUUUUUAUGGCUCUUUAGCUGAUUCUGUUUUUCAUGGAACUGAAGGUCAUGUGGUACGUUUUAUUUUUAUUUUAUUUUUUGCUAAAAAGGUGCGCCAGUUCUGUAGUUACUAUACAAAUUUGCCCACUUGUUUGUUAUAAUUUUUUUAAAAUGGAUUUUCUGAUCCAUAUAUUGUUUAGAAACACAAAAUCAUGGCAAAUGUGGGAAUCCUCUUUCAAAAUCUGUUCAAACAUACUUGUGACUCUCAUAAUGUUUGGAUUGUUCAAUAAAAUCCACAAUUGUUCA